AUGGACAGCGGGAAUUCCAACAAUGAGGAGCCACGGACAUGGAAUUACCAGAGCAUUGCAAGUGAUCAGCAGGUGCAAGUUCCCAUCGACGAUGAAAGGCCAAGCACACUGCCAAAAGAUCCAAGUGUUAGCAAGAGGAAUGGAUUACCACCUCGUCCGGUGCCUCAAAUGGGAAGGAUGCAAUCAGGGGCUGCAAGAGGGAUCAAAAGCUUAAGGUUCCUGGACAGGGUGACCACUGGCAAGGAAGGCGAUGCCUGGAGGCCUAUUCAGAGGCGCUUCAACACAAUGGCAGUCAAUGGCGGGAAGCUCCCCAGAGAUAAAUUUGGAGUCUGCAUUGGGAUGGGAGACAGCAAGGAAUUUGCAGCGGAGUUGUUUGAUACCUUGGCAAGACGCAGGAAGAUCGAUGCAACAAAUGGCAUAACUCUGGAUGAAUUAAAAGACUUCUGGCAAGACAUGUCAAAUCCGUCCCUGGAUGCACGGCUUCAGGUCUUCUUUGACAUGUGUGAUAAGAAUGGUGACGGGAAGUUAUCUGAGGAGGAGGUUACAGAGGUGAUUGCCAUGAGUGCCUCUGCAAAUAAGCUGUCAAAUCUUAAGAAAAACGCCUCAACUUAUGCAGCUUUAAUCAUGGAAGAGCUUGAUCCUGAUCACUUGGGAUAUAUCGAGAUGUGGCAACUUGAAAGUCUACUAAGAGGAAUGGUGAGCUCUGACGACAGUAGGAAAAUAACCAAUAGAACAGAAACACUUGCGAAGACAAUGAUUCCUAAGCAAUAUAGAAGCCCAGCUAGUAAAUUCAUGUCUACAGCUGUAGAACAAAUCCAUGAGAACUGGAGGAAAAUAUGGGUUCUCACAUGGUGGUUAGCCAUAAACCUUAUCCUCUUCAGUUGGAAGUUUAAUGUAUCCAUGCAUAAACCAGCAUUCCCAAUCCUGGGUUAUUGUCUAUGCUUUGCCAAGGGUGCUGCUGAGCCUCUGAAAUUCAACAUGGCUCUCAUUCUCCUUCCUGUUUGCAGAAGCACUCUCACAAAGCUCAGAGAAACAUUCCUUGGCACCUUUAUUCCCUUUGACGACAACAUAAACUUCCACAAGAUAAUUGCACUUGCCAUCGCAAUAGAAACUUUCAUUCAUACCCUGGCGCAUGUAGGUUGUAAUUAUCCAAGAAUAUCAUCUUGCCCUGAAAAUGAAUUCACACCAGUUCUUGGACCGGCCUUCAGUUACAAGAAACCCAGUUACACGGACUUGAUUCAAACUAUUCCAGGCAUGACAGGCAUUUUGAUGGACAUUCUCAUGAUUUUCACCUUCAUGCUGGCAACGCAUUCAUUCAGGAGAAAUGUGAUCAAAUUGCCAUGGCCUCUCCACCAUUUGGCAGGGUUUAAUUCAUUCUGGUAUGCACACCAUUUGCAUGUCAUUGUGUACGUCCUCUUGAUCAUGCAUGGUUACUUCUUAGCCCUAACCAAUGAGUGGUACAAGAAGACGACAUGGAUGUAUCUUGUGAUCCCUAUGCUUAUCUAUGCUAGUGAGAGAGUUCUAACAUCAUUUUACGAUCUCAAUUACAGCGUCGACAUCAUCAAGGCUGUGAUAUACACAGGAAAUGUUCUGGCAAUAUACAUGACCAAACCCCUGGAAUUUAAGUACAAAAGUGGAAUGUACAUAUUUGUUAAGUGUCCAGACAUAGCAAGUUUUGAAUGGCAUCCCUUCUCUAUAACUUCUGCACCUGGAGAUGACUACUUAAGUGUUCACAUCCGAACAUUAGGAGACUGGACUACAGAGCUUAAAAACAGAUUUGCACAGGUCUGGGAACCUCCAACUACGCAACCAAGAAUUGGAAGUAUAAGACAGCAAACUAAAUCAAGCUUUUAUCUGGCACCAUAUCUAAAAGCUCUUCCAUCUUGUGGCAGCUUUCCAAAGAUCCUCAUUAAGGGACCUUUUGGAGCACCAGCUCAAGACUACAAGAAGUAUGACAUUCUUUUUCUCAUUGGUCUUGGAAUUGGAGCCACCCCAAUGAUAAGCAUCAUCAAAGAUAUUCUGAACCAUAUGAAACUAAGAGACACUAAAAUGGGAAACCGUAGAGGUCCUGGAAGAGCUUAUUUCUAUUGGGUGACGAGGGAACAAGCCUCCUUUGAAUGGUUCAAAGGUGUCAUGGAUGAUGUUGCAGAGUACGACCGUGAUAACUUGAUAGAAAUGCACAACUACUUGACUAGUGUGUAUGAAGAAGGAGAUGCAAGAUCUGCACUAGUUGGCAUGGUGCAGUCACUGCAGCAUGCUAAAAAUGGAGUAGAUAUUGUCUCAGAAAGCCGGAUAAGAACACAUUUUGCAAGACCCAACUGGAGAAAAGUGUUCUCCCAUUUGGCAGCCACGCACCAAUCCUCACGAAUUGGUGUAUUCUACUGUGGAAGUGCAACACUUACCAAACAACUAAGGGAGCUUUGCCACGAAUUCAGCCUAAACACGUCAACACGUUUCCAAUUUCACAAGGAGAAUUUCUAG